AUGAUGAAGCACGCCGAGGGGCGGCUGGCCAACAACUUAGUGUCGUCUCGGAGUUGUCGAAACACACCAAAGACACCCCGACCGCCUGAUCUACCGCCGUUCCCCAAGUUCACCCAUGCCAUGGCCCACGGCGAGUUGGCAACCGGGUCUUCUCGCCUAUUCGGACUCUUUCCCUACUACGACCAGAACGACCAGAACGAUCUCCUGCGGUCCUUUGCCUGGCCGUGA